AUGUCAGAGCUGAGCCCAGUGAAACUCAUCUACACAUCCAAUAUAGGUGAAUUGAAAGGAGGGAGAUUCAGUGCAUCUGUUCUCAUUGGCUGCUCCUCGGUAGCAAAACUGUCAGUGUUAAUCAGCAGCCAUCUCUUAAACUGCGGCCAUGGCUAUCAGUGAGGUGAGACCAUUGCUAUUCAGGACCAAACAGAUGACAAAUCAUUUGUACAUAAUUAGUGCUCAGCAAGGUUACAACUGACACAAAUUUUAAUCUUAAUUAGGAGGGAAAUUUGUUCCAUUAAUUUAAUUUGGUGAGCAUGAGCAGGUUAGCACCUAACUAAGUUAAUCUUACAACUGUCAGGGCAGGCAAGGGCCUUGGAUCCCGGGCAAACAGGAAAGACUCUUCUAUGAAACAGGCUUUAUUUUAUAUGUAGGACACCAUUGUGAAUGUCUUCUGUUUUCAUUAUAGUUAAGGUAAUAGUAUACUAUAUAUACAGUGGGGAGAACAAGUAUUUGAUACACUGCCGAUUUUGCAGGUUUUCCUACUUACAAAGCAUGUAGAGGUCUGUAAUUUGUAUCAUAGGUACACUUCAACUGUGAGAGACGGAAUCUAAAACAAAAAUCCAGAAAAUCACAUUGUAUGAUUUUUAAGUAAUUAAUUUGCAUUUUAUUGCAUGACAUAAGCUUUUGAUCACCUACCAACCAGUAAGAAUUCCGGCUCUCACAGACCUGUUAGUUUUUCUUUAAGAAGCCCUCCUGUUCUCCACUCAUUACCUGUAUUAACUGCACCUGUUUGAACUCGUUACCUGUAUAAAAGACAUCUGUCCACACACUCAAUCAAACAGACUCCAACCUCUCCACAAUGGCCAAGACCAGAGAGCUGUGUAAGGACAUCAGGGAUAAAAUUGUAGACCUGCACAUGGCUGGGAUGGGCUACAGGACAAUAGGCAAGCAGCUUGGUGAGAAGGCAAAAACUGUUUGGCGCAAUUAUUAGAAAAUGGAAGAAGUUCAAGAUGACGGUCAAUCACCCUCGGUCUGGGGCUCCAUGCAAGAUCUCACCUCGUGGGGCAUCAAUGAUCAUGAGGAAGGUGAGGGAUCAGCCCAGAACUACACGGCAGGACCUGGUCAAUGACCUGAAGAGAGCUGGGACCACAGUCUCAAAGAAAACCAUUAGUAACACACUACGCCGUCAUGGAUUAAAAUCCUGCAGCGCACGCAAGGUCCCCCUGCUCAAGCCAGCGCAUGUCCAGGCCCGUCUGAAGUUUGCCAAUGACCAUCUGGAUGAUCCAGAGGAGGAAUGGGAGAAGGUCAUGUGGUCUGAUGAGACAAAAAUAUAGCUUUUUGGUCUAAACUCCACUCGCCGUGUUUGGAGGAAGAAGAAAGAUGAGUACAACCCCAAGAACACCAUCCCAACCGUGAAGCAUGGAGGUGGAAACAUCAUUCUUUGGGGAUGCUUUUCUGCAAAGGGGACAGGACGACUGCACCGUAUUGAGGGGAGGAUGGAUGGGGCCAUGUAUCACGAGAUCUUGAACAACAACCUCCUUCCCUCAGUAAGAGCAUUGAAGAUGGGUCGUGGCUGGGUCUUCCAGCAUGACAACGACCAGAAACACACAGCCAGGGCAACUAAGGAGUGGCUCCGUAAGAAGCAUCGCAAGGUCCUGGAGUGGCCUAGCCAGUCUCCAGACCUGAACCCAAUAGAAAGUCUUUGGAGGGAGCUGAAAGUCCGUAUUGCCCAGCGACAGCCCCGAAACAUGAAGGAUCUGGAGAAGGUCUGUAUGGAGGAGUGGGCCAAAAUCCCUGCUGAAGUGUGUGCAAACCUGGUCAAGACCUACAGGAAACGUAUGAACUCUGUAAUUGCAAACAAAGGUUUCUGUACCAAAUAUUAAGUUCUGCUUUUCUGAUGUAUCAAAUACUUAUGUCAUGCAAUAAAAUGCAAAUUAAUUACUUAAAAAUCAUACAAUGUGAUUUUCUGGAUUUUUGUUUUAGAUUCCGUCUCUCACAGUUGAAGUGUACCGAUGAUAAAAAUUACAGACCUCUACAUGCUUUGUAAGUAGGAAAACCUGCAAAAUCGGCAGUGUAUCAAAUACUUGUUCUCCCCACUGUAUAUAUAUAUAUAUAUAUAUAUAUAUAUACAUAUAUAUACACACAGUUGAAGUCGGAAGUUUACAUACACCUUAGCCAAAUACAUUUAAACUGAGUUUUUCACAAUUCCUGACAUUUAAUCCUAGUAAUAAUUCCCUGUCUUAGGUCAGUUAGGAUCACCACUUUAUUUUAAGAAUGUGAAAUGUCAGAAUAAUAGUAGAGAGAAUGAUUUAUUUCAGCUUUUAUUUCUUUCAUCACAUUCCCAGUAGGUCAGAAGUUUACAUACACUCAAUUAGUAUUUGGUAGCAUUGCCUUUAAAAUGUUUAACUUGAGUCAAACGUUUCGGGUAGCCUUCCACAAGCUUCCCACAAUAAGUUAGGUUAAUUUUGGCCCAUUCCUCCUGACAGAGCUGGUGUAACUUAGUCAGGUUUGUAGGCCUCCUUGCUAGCACACACUUUUUCAGUUCUGCCCACACAUUUUCUAUAGGAUUGAGGUCAGGGCUUUGUGAUGGCCACUCCAAUACCUUGACUUUGUUGUCCUUAAGCCAUUUUGCCACAACUUUGGAAGUAUGCUUGGGGUCAUUGUCCAUUUGGAAGACCCAUUUGCGACCACGCUUUAACUUCUUGACUGAUGUCUUGAGAUGUUGCUUCAAUAUAUCCACAUAAUUUUCCUUCCUCAUGAUGCCAUCUAUUUUGUGAAGUGCACCAGGCCCUUCUGCAGCAAAGCACCCCCACAGCAUGAUGCUGCCACCCCCGUUCUUCACGGUUGGGAUGGUGUUCUUCGGCAUGCAACCACCACCUUUUUCCUCCAAACAUAACAAUGGUCAUUAAUGCCAAACAGUUCUAUUUUUGUUUCAUCAGACCAGAGGACAUUUCUCCAAAAAGUACGAUCUUUGUCCCCAUGUGCAGUUGCAAACCGUAGUUUGGCUUUUUUAUGGCGGUUUUGGAGCAGUGGCUUCUUCCUUGCUGAGUGGCCUUUCAGGUUAUGUCGAUAUAGGACUCGUUUUACUGUGAAUAGAGAUACUUUUGUACCUGUUUCUUCCAGCAUCUUCACAAGGUCCUUUGCUGUUGUUCUGGGAUUGAUUUGCACUUUUCGCACCAAAGUACGUUCAUCUCUAGGAGACAGAACGCGUCUCCUUCCUGAGCGGUAUGACGGCUGCUUGGUCCCAUGGUGUUUAUACUUGCGUACUAUUGUUUGUACAGAUGAACGUGGUACCCUCAGGCGUUUGGAAAUGUUGAGUCUUAUCGCAAAGGGUCUGAAUACUUAUGUAAAUAAGGUAUUUGUUUUUUUAUUUUUAAUACAUUUGCAAAAAUAAAAAUAAAAACAGCUUUUGCUUUGAAAUUAUGGGGUAUUGUGUGUAGAUUGAUGAGGAAAAACAUUAAUUUAAUCAAUUUUAGAAUAAGCCUGCAACGUAACAAAAAGUGAAGGGGUCUGAAUACUUUCCGAAGGCACUGUACAUAUAUAUAUAUAUAUAUACACUACCAGUCAAAAGUUUUAGAACGCCUACUCAUUCAAGGGUUUUUCUUUAUUUUUCCCCCCACUAUUUUCUACAUUGUAGAAUAAUAGUGAAUACAUCACAACUAUGAAAUAAACAUAUGGAAUCAUGUAGUAACCAAAAAAGUUAAACAAAUCAAAAUAUAUUUGAUAUUCUUCAAAUAGCCACCCUUUGCCUUGAUGACAGCUUUGCACACUCUUGGCAUUCUCUCAACCAGCUUCAUGAGAUAGUCACCUGGAAUGCAUUUCAAUUCACAGGUGUGCCUUCUUAAAAGUUAAUUUGUGGAAUUUAUUUUCUUCUUAAUGAGUUUGAGCCAAUCAGUUGUGUUGUGACAAGGUAGGGGUGGUAUAUAGAAGAUAGCCCUAUUUGGUAAAAAAGUCCAUAUUAUGGCAAGAACAGCUCAAAUAAGCAAAGAGAAAUGACAGUCCAUCUUUACUUUAAGACAAGAAGGUCAGUCAAUACGGAACAUUUCAAGAACUUUGAAAGUUUCUUCAAGUGCAGUCGCAAAAACCAUCAAGCGCUAUGAUGAAACUGGCUCUCAUGAGGACCGCCACAGGAAAGGAAGACCCAGAGUUACCUCUGCUGCAGAGGAUAAGUUCAUUAGAGUUACCAGCCUCAGAAAUUGCAGCCCAAAUAAAUGCUUCACAGAGUUCAAGUAACAGACACGUCUCAACAUCAACCGUUCAGAGGAGACUGCGUGAAUCAGGCCUUUAUGGUCAAAUUACUGUAAAGAAACCACUACUAAAGGACAUCAAUAAGAAAAUGAGACUUGCUUGGGCCAAGAAACACAAGCAAUGGGCAUUAGACUGGUGGAAAUCUGUCCUUUAGUCUGAUGAGUCCAAAUUUGAGAUUUUUGGUUCCAACCGCCAUGUCUUUGUGAGACGCAGAGUCGGUGAACGGAUGAUCUCCGCAUGUGUGGUUCCCAUCGUGAAGCAUGGAGGAGGAGUUGUGAUGGUGUGGGGUUGCUUUGCUGGUGACACUGUCAGUGAUUUAUUUAGAAUUCAAGGCACACUUAACCAGCAUGGAUACUACAGCAUUCUGCAGCGAUACGCCAUCCCAUCUGGGUUGCACUUAGUGGGACUAUCAUUUGUUUUUCAACAGGACAAUGACCCAACUCACCUCCAGGCUGUGUAAGGGCUAUUUGACCAAGAAGGGGAGUGAUGGAGUCCUGCAUCAGAUGACCUGGCCUCCACAAUCACCCGACCUCAACCCAAAUGAGAUGGUUUGGGAUGAGUUCGACCGCAGAGUGAAGGAAAAGCAGUCAACAAGUGCUCAGCAUAUGUGGGAACUCCUUCAAGACUGUUGGAAAAGCAUUCCUGGUGAAGCUGGUUGAGAGAAUGCCAAGAGUGUGCAAAGCUGUCAUCAAGGCAAAGGGUGGCUACUUUGAAGAAUCUGAAAUAUAAAAUAUAUUUUGAUUUGUUUAACACUUUUUUGGUUAUAUAUAUAUGUAUUUAUAGUAUACAUAUAUGAUACAAUAGGGGUCACAGUAAGCUAUAAUAUUGUAAUAAAAAUAUUGUAAUCACCCUAAGAAAAACCUUGCAAUAUGGCUUCAACCUAUAAGAAAAAUCUAUAGCCCAUCACUCUUGUCAGGUGAUGUACUGUUGUAAGCCUCUUAGGUUUGAGUGAGAGCCACUGUCUAAUGGUUUCAGCCAGGUGGGCAUGGAUAAGUCCAAGGACUAGGUCUCUUUUCAUUGUUGAGGAGGCUGAGGAGUAGAGAGUUUAUGAAGCUGUAGUAAUUACCUGAAAGAGGCAGUUCAAUACACACACAGAGAGAGACAUAGGGGGAGAGAGAGAGAGAGAGAGAGAGAGAGAGAGAGAGAGAGCGAGAAGAGAGAGAGAGAGAGAGAGAGAGAGAGAGAGAGAGAGAGAAUGACUGAUUUAGGAACUGUGAGUCUCUAAUGGAAUCCUCCACUGCCUCCUGGGUGCUCAACCUGGCAACUAUUACCUGCACUGAUGCAUAUACCAUUAUGGGAUCCUCCACUUUAAUAGUGUCCAUCAUGUGAAAUACAAAGACAUCAGGUGCCUGCCAGAGCACUCGCACUUAUGUGAAGGUCUAACCCGCUCUGUAAUGGCUUUUCUUUUAAACAAUGGCGCAGUAUUGUUUAGAAAUAUGGUGAUUAUAUUAUUUGUAACAAAAAGCACACUUAAGACAAAGGCAGAAGGAAUUCAAACACAAGUUGUUAAAUGGGAGCGCUCUAGUGUCUCUCUCUCUCACACUUGCUCUCUCUCUCUCUCUCUCUCUCUCUCUCUCUCUCUCACACACACACACACACACACUGCAAAUAGAUUUCACGUUUUAUGUGAUUGGCUGAUGGUUUGCAUUAUAGGCCUAUGGCAGGAUCAUUGGACUGGAUGUGUACUUGAUGGUGCUGCUUCCUUGCAUCACUUCAACAAUUGAGGAUCAUUAAUCAGAACUUGCAUGAUUUCUUUGUCGCCAACAAGAUUUACAACCCUGUUCAAAUGAAAGAUGCAAUGAUGUUGGCUUCAGACCUAGAGAGCUUCAUCAUUUUAGCCUUUCCAUAUAAUCUUUAGUGGCAUUAGAGCUCCUUCCAGUGGACAGAAGUGGAAUUGCAACGUUUAGAACCGCUGCAGCAAUUCACAUGCAACAUUGUGACCUUUAGUUUUUCUAAAUGUUAACUCAAUACUCACUUUAUCGACUCUCAUUUCUCGACCGUGGCCGUGGUGCAGUCUGCAUCUACGUGUGGUUAGCUUACUUUUUGUAUAAAAAUUACAACUACAUCUUGAACGCACAAUUUUUCAUGGAAUGACCAAAGUCAUAUGCUUUCGUCAUGUGACAGUGUUGCCAAUUUAGCGACCAAGUCGCUAUAUUUAGCGAGUAUUCAGACCCCUCUAGCGACACAUUUUCAAAAAAGCAACUAGCGACAAAUCUAGUGAGUUUUUCUGGUGUUAUUGGAGACUCUGACGUGAAAGCAGGGACCCGUGUAGCUCAGUUGGAAGAGCAUGUUGUGGGUUCGAUUCCCACGGGGGGCCAGUGUGAUUUAUUUUUUAUUUUUUAUGUAUGCACUCACUAACUGUAAGUCGUUCUGGAUAAGAGCGUCUGCAAAAUGUAAAUGUGAAGCACGUAUCGUUCUUACUCGCUGCCGUGGGAGUCCCAAAGCACUCACAGGCGGCCCAAUCCUCGCGCAGCUUUUUACUCACUUUUUGUCUCUCCACGACGUUAUUCCUCUCUCCUACAGUGUCCAUCACACAUGGCCAAUUAUGCUAAUUAAGUGAUGACGUAAUUUAGUGACUUUUAGAACAGCCAAUAUCUACUUUCCUUACUGAGGCGUUGGCAACACUAUACACAGUCCAACAUGGCGGCCAUUUCUGUUUUCCACAGAGUGAGAACAGGGUCUAAAAUAGGAGCUCAAUAUGAUCAAGAGGGCAAUCUUAUUCAGGUAACAUAAUUUUCUUUAAUACGUUUUAGUCUGUCGUUUUUCCAAAUAUGGUGCAGUUUGUGUCAUGAUAUAACAACACUGCAAUGUAAACAUUGCUUUGUUUGCCAGUUCGCUAGGUACUGGAGCUAGCGAAUUCACUGUUUGCUAAAUACAGUGCCUUCGGGAAGUAUUCAGACCCCUUGACUUUCCACAUUUUGUUAGGUUACAGCCUUCUUCUAAAAUGGAUUAAAUAUAUAUGUUUCCCUUCAAUCAACACACAAUAGCCCAUAAUGACAAAGCAAAAACAGCUUUUUAGAAAUUGUUGCUAAUUUAUAUAAAUAUCACAUUUACAUAAGUAUUCACACCCUUUACUCAGUACUUUGUUGAAGCACCUUUGGCAGCAAUUACAGCCUCGAGUCUUCUUGAGUAUGACACUACAAGCUUGACACACCUGUAUUUGGGGAGUUUCUCCCAUUCUUCUGCAGAUCCUCUCAAGCUCUGUCAGGUUGGAUGGGGAGCGUUGCUGCACAGCUAUUUUCAGGUCUCUCCAGAGAUGUUUGAUCGAGUUCAAGUCCGAAGCCACUCCUGCGUUGUCUCGAUCUUGACUAGUCUCCCAGUCCCUGCGGCUGAAAAACAUCCCUACAGCAUGAUGCUGCCACCACCAUGCUUCACUGUAGGGAUGGUGCCAGGUUUCCUCCAGACGUGACGCUUGGCAUUCACUAAAGUGUUGAAUCUUGGUUUCAUCAGACCAGAGAGUCUUGUUUCUCAUGGUCUGAGAGUCUUUAGGUGCUUUUUGGCAAACUCCAAGCGGGCUGUCAUGUGCCUUUUUACUGAGUAGUGGCUUCUGUAUGGCCACUAUACCAUAAAGGCCUGAUUGGUGGAGUGCUGCAGAGAUGGUUGUCCUUCUGAAAGGUUCUCCCAUCUCCACAGAGGAACUCUAGAGCUCUGUCAGAGUGACCAUCGGGUUCUUGGUCACAUCCCUGACCAAGGCCCUUCUCCCCCGAUUGCUCAGUUUGGCGAGGCGGCCAGCUCUAGGAAGAGUCUUGGUGGUUCCAAACUUCCUCCAUUUAAGAAUGAUGGAGGCCACUGUGUUCUUGGGGACCUUCAAUGCUGCAGAAAUUUUUUGGUACCCUUCCCCAGAUCUGUGCCUCUACACAAUCUUGAUUUUUGCUCUGACAUGCACUGUCAAUUGUGGGACCUUAUAUAGACAGGUGUGUGCCUUUAAAAAAAAUAUAUAUACAUUUGCAAACAAUUCUAAAAACCUGUUUUCACUUUCUCAUUAUGGGGUAUUGUGUGUAGAUUGCUGAGGGUAUUUAUUUAUUCAAUCCAUUUUAGAAUAAGGCUGUAACUUAACAAAAUGUGGAAAAAGUCAAGGGGUCUGAACACUUUCCGAAGGCACUGUAAAGCAACUGAUGUUAGCAACUGUGGCUAGCAGGUUGAAACAAGGGAGGACGAGGAGCAGAGUGUCAAGCUAGCAGAAAUCCUGGAACUUCUGCUUGCUGCUGGAUAUUUCAGAGCCCGAAUCAAAGGACUGGGACCUUUUGACAAGGUGAGAACCAACUUACAUUACAACCCUCCUGAAGAUCUGCAGGCUUUUGAUUCCUGGUUUACCAUCUCCUUGCUAAGUUACCCUUUCUAAUUCCAUUCCCUGAACCAUGUCUUUUCAUAGGUGGUUGGAGGGAUGACAUGGUGCAUUACAACAUGUAACUUUGACAUUGACGUGGAUCUGCUGUUCCAGGAGAAUUCAACAAUUGGACAGAAAAUGUAAGUAGCUAACAGACAGCAUUAUUGUGUUUACUGUUAGUGAUGUUGCUGGACCAGUGUAACUGAUGUCGGAUGACCUUGUGAAUCUCCUUGCAGAGCUCUCACAGAGAAGAUUGUGUCUGUUCUGCCCAAAAUGAAGUGCCCUCAUCGCCUGGAGCCCCAUCAGAUCCAAGGGCUGGAUUUCAUCCAUAUAUUUCCAGUGAUACAGGUGUGUAUUCCUAGACAUUAGAGUUUUGUAGUAGAGUACCGUAUUUGGUUUGUGACCUCAUGUCUGAUUCAUUGCCUGUGUUGUAUGAUCUUCAGUGGCUGGUGAAGAGGGCCAUAGAGACGAGGGAGGAGAUGGGAGACUCUGUGAGAGCCUACUCUGUUUCUCAGUUCCAGAAGACACACAGCUUCCCUGAGGUGAGUGCUGUUAUUGUAGGGUGGCUACAUGGCAGGGAUAUUUUUAUUUUUAUUUUAUUUCACCUUUAUUUAACCAGGUAAGCCAGUUGAGAACAAGUUCUCAUUUACAACUGCGACCUGGCCAAGAUAAAGCAAAGCAGUGCGAUAAAAACAACAACACAGAGUUACAUAUGGGGUAAAACAAAACAAAGUCAAAAAUACAACAGAAAUAAAUAUAUAUACAGUGUGUGCAAAUGUAGCAAGUUAUGGAGGUAAGGCAAUAAAUAGGCUAUAGUGCAAAAUAAUUACAAUUAGUAUUAACACUGGAAUGAUAGAUGUGCAAGAGAUGAUGUGCAAAUAGAGAUACUGGGGUACAAAUGAGCAAAAUAAAUAACAAUAUAGGGAUGAGGUAGUUGGGCGGGCUAAUUUCAGAUGGGCUGUGUACAGGUGCAGUGAUCGGUAAGGUGCUCUGACAACUGAUGCUUAAAGUUAUUGAGGGAGAUGAGUGUCUCCAGCUUCAUAUUCAACUCCAACUCUACUCAUUAUAUUUCUAAGUGCAACGUUGUGAACUUUUUGCUGAAUAAACCCCUGUCUUAUGCACCUUGUAUUGUUCCUCCAUCCUAGGAUGAAGACUUCCUGCAGAGGAAGGAGAAGGCUGUGAAAGCAGUCCUAGAUGUAUCGGUUAGUGACUCCGUGACAUGAAGCUGACAUGCUAUGUCUGGGUCAAAUUAUUCCAUGAGCCUUUACAAUAAAGAUGGCAUAAAGAUGGCGCUGCAGUGGAUAGCAGACAUUUUACGGGCUCCUGACCAAUUCUGCGUAUAUGUACAUAUCUACCUAAAUUACCUCGUACACGCUGCACAUCGACUCGGUACUGUUACCACGUGUAUAUAGCCAAGUUAUCAUUACUCAUUGUCUAUUUAUUCCUUGUGUUAUUAUUUUCUAAUAUUUUUCUAUUUUGGUCUUUGCGUUGUUGGGAAGGGCCCGUAAGUAAGCAUUUCACUGUUAGUCUACACCUGUUGUUUACGUAGCAUGUGACAAAUUAAAUUGGAUUUGUUUUAAAGGCCCCCCUUGUAAUAGUAUAGAAACAUUCAAAGCACACAGCAUGUUGUUUUUCUCCUCUGGUAUUGACAGGAAGUGUAUAAACCUCAGAGGAAAUACAAGAGACAGGUUGAAGCAGGAGAGCUGCUGGACGAGGAGUCCAGGGUUCACUCUACUCUGCUGGAGUACGGAAGGUAGGCUGCCUGUCUCGCUCUCUCUCUUUCUUUCUCUCCAUCUCUCCAUAUUCAGUCCUCCAUAUCCAACUUUCUCCACAGUUCAUGUUACAUGUUCACAUUGAGAAUCAGAACCAAUGUGAUCUCAUCCCAUUUGACAAUUGUGUCCCUUUCAUUUUCCUAUCCUUUUCCUGCGUCUCAUCCAUCCUUGUAUUAGAAUGUCAGAUUACCUUCUGUAAGUAUGUGAAUGGACUUGUUCACUGCAAGGAGUGUUUCACAUGAAUGCUUGUUAUGUGUGUGUUUUAAUAAAGAAAACUUCAAAUAAGCAUUGAGUGAGUGGGUGGGUGGGUGCAUGCAUGUGUUAUGUGCUCCUUUCAUGGACCAGUAUCCUAACAGCAGUAGAGGCUGCUGAGGGGAGGAUGGCUCAUAAUAAUGGCUGGAACAGAGCGAAUGGAAUGGCAUCAAACACAUGGAAACCAUGUGUUUGAUGUUGUUGAUACCUUUCCAUCAUUCCACUCCAGCCAGUACCAUGUGCCCGUCCUACCUAAUUAAGGUGCCACCAACCUCCUGUGCCUAACAGUGACUUAAGUACUUAUUACUCCUGUGUUUUAGACGCUAUGGAUUCAGCAAGCAGACAAAACAGGACCAGGUGAGCUUUAUUGAAAUAAAAAAUAUAUUUCAUUACUGUCAUCUAUGUGAAGUUAAUUGUAAAAUUAUAUGAAUUCAAAGCCUAUAACUACAGCCUUCUACAGAAAGAUAGGGACAGGAGGUUGAUCAUUAUAACCAUUAUUACAGAGAUGGAGACUGGUGGAUCAUAGGUGUUCUGUGAACUGUUGCUAUAGUAGAAAGUAGAAAGUGAAACCAUGAUGAAAGAUUGUAUCCCCCUGUUCCCUACAGGCAGAGGAGCGGAAAGCCUUGUUGACCCCAGGCUCUCAGGCCACACCCCCAGGGAUGACAGAGGGGUUGCUGGAGGAGGAGGACCUGCAGGCAGCGGAGGAGGUGAGGUCACAUCACACAUGUAUCGCUCUAAACCCAACCAUAGCCCCAUGUCCAAUACUUCAGAAAUGCAUCCCUCUUUGUGAUGAUGUCCCUGACUCCCUGUCAUAUAUCCUCUCAGCUGCGCAUUAAAACACUGAUGACCAGCAUGGCUGCCAUGGCGACUGAGGAGGUAGGCAUGACUUUAGUUCUUCUCUUUGCCAGCCUUUACUGUGUGGUUGAUUUAUGUAAAGGUUUUUUAUUUAAUAUGUAACAUCAAUAUAUUGUGUUUACCUGCAGGGGAGGCUAAUGGCUAGCACCGUGGGCCAGAUAGUUGGCCUGCAGUCUGAGGAGAUUAAACAGAUAGCAUCUGAGUACGCUGAGAAGGUGAGCGACUCCCACCUCAGGGUUCACCUAAAUGGUUAACUGCAAUCAAUAAAUAAAUCAAUAAAAUGUUUGUCAUAAUUUAAAGGAUAAGUCAAUGCCACAGUGUGUAGUUAAAUGUGUUUCCACACACACAUUUCCAGCAGUCGGAGCGGUCUGCAGAGGAUCGUCCAGAGCGGUACGGGCCAGUCCAGCAGCACCGUAGGAUAGUGACCUCUCUGAACAAACAGAUCCAACAGAAGACCAAGCAGUUGGAGGAGGUGACGACUGGACUUUGUGAACUUCACAGAACUUUGUGUAAAAUAGCCAUGCAUUUCUUUAAGGAUACGAUGCACUUUCUUUUCCUGUCAGAAGUAACUAAAAGUAUGUGCAUUUUGUGUUUUCAGCUACAAGCCAAACACUUGGAGGUAAAAUCAGGGUGUGAGGAAGCUAAGAGCAAACUGAUGGAGGCCACAGAGCAGACAGAGAGACUGGAGAAAGAGCUGAGUGCCCUGGAAGAGGCUGAGAGCCAGGCUGACACUGGGUGAGUGCUGCACAUACAGACCAAACCAUUAGGGCAUUCAUUCAGCGGUUGUUAGUAUAUAAAACCCCUGAAAUUAUACAGGUGUUUUGGACUUUUCUCAUCCUCCCUGUGUGUGCCACAGUCUGUUGGAGAAGCUGAGGGCUCAGGUAGGCAUGAAUGAGAACCUGAAGCACCAGGAGCAGGAGUUCCGGACACACUGUAGAGUGAGUCUGCAUACUUUCCCCAAUACGUCAUAGUCCAUCCAUAUAUGACUUGUAAGAUUUAAGUUUGAAAUGGACCUACUUCACAGGUGUAUUUGUGAUGUAAUUCUCUUAUUUCCUGGUAAGAGCACCACAACUAAUAUGGAGCGCAAUUUCUUUCCAGGAGGAGAUGGUUCGCCUGCAGCAGAACAUUGAGGACCUGAAGAUGGAGUCAGGAGAUGAUACGGAGGACGAGAAGGUAACACACUCCCAAGACCAACUAACUAUUUUCUAUGUCUGUGUUUAACAAAUGUUACACUGUGACUCACUGUCUUUCCCUCUUUCUCUCAUUCUCGUUCUCUCUCCCUAAGGAGAAGUGUCAGCUAAUCGACAAGCAGUACAACACAGACAGAGAGAAGCUACAGAAGAUCAGACUACUGAUGGUAAAAGCGCCAAUGCACACUGCUGUAGCAGGAUUAAUUCCUGCUUAAUCAAUUUGAAUUCACUUAGGCAUUCUGUUUUGAGCAUGCAAAUAGUGGUCCUCUUACCACGUCCUUUAUUUGCUCAUGACCUGAGGUCUACUCUCUGAUAGGCUCAGAGGAACCGUGAGAUCGCCAUCCUGCAGAGGAAGAUAGACGAGGUGCCGAGCAGGGCAGAACUGACCCAGUAUCAGAAGAGGUUCAUUGAGCUCUAUGGCCAAGGUAGGUAUCUUAGCCUCAACCACCUGGAGACAGUGAUUGUUUUCUAUAAUAGUAACCCAAUCACUUGUUUUUAUUGAAUUGUUAAGUUAACAAGUUAUUGCAUCAAAGAAACAUUCAUUUUGUGUGUGUCCCCUAGUUUCAGCAACACAUAAAGAGACAAAGCAGUUCUUCACCUUGUAUAACACAUUAGAUGACAAGAAGGUUUACCUGGAGAAGGAGGUAAGAGGAGAGGGCAUACUAUGUCAAUCAGUUUCAUAGAGCCAUUGCAGCUGAAAUCAGCUGGUUUACUCAUGAUAGUCAUCCUCCUCUGUGUUGAUCUGUUUCUGUAGGUGAACUUGCUGAAUUCUAUCCAUGACAACUUCCAACAGUGAGUAUUUUCACAAUUUACCCUUUCUAAACAUAUCCUGCUUUUGGUAUUAUGGGUAAUGGAGUCCAGCAGGUUUACCUCCUGUCUAAGCUGUGGUCUCCUGUCUUGCUCAGGGCGAUGGCGUCUUUGGGGGCCAAGGAGCAGUUCUUGAGACAGAUGGAGCAGAUAGUGGAGGGAAUCAAACAAAGCUGCAUCAAGGUGAGUACAGUAACUAACCAUCUCUUAUUAUCUUCACCGUCUGCUGCCUAAUGACAGCUUGAGCUGAAGACGCCAGGUGCUUACCCCCUGGCCCUAGUGAAAAACGCUUAAAAAUGACAGUGAUGUGUGAUGCAUAUUGGUGAUGUCUUCUCCUGGUUUACAGAUGGAGAAGAAGAAGCAGGAGAAUAAGAUGAGGAGAGACCAGCUGAAUGAUGAGUACCUGGAGCUGCUGGACAAACAGAGGCUCUACUUCAAAACUGUCAAGGACUUCAAAGAGGUGAGGCCUGAGAGAUAACCGCAUUCUGGGUCUGUAUGGUAAAACAUGAUGGAACUAGUUAACUGUUUUAUGAAUGUGUUCUACUGUUGUCUCCCAGAGCUGAUUUUUGUUUUGUUUUCUAAACUGAUAAAGAAGUGGUUAAGAGCGUUGUGCCAGUAACCGAAAGGUCGCUGGUUCUAAUCCCUGAGCCGACUAGGUGAAAAAUCUGUCUGUGCCCUUGAGCAAGGCACUUAACCCUAAUUGCUCCUGUAAGUCGCUCUGGAUAACAGCGUCUGCUAAAUGACUAAAAUGUAAAUGUAAAUCACUGACGUUGUUUUACUAAUCCAAUACUCUUUCUUACAGGAGUGUCGGAAGAAUGAAAUGCUGCUAUCCAAGCUGAGAACCAAGGGUGCUUCAUAACCCAAAUCACUGCCUCAAAUCAUUUCUCACUGUUUAUAAAAACAAAUCUCAAAACAAAUCUCAUCAAUCAACGACUGGAUGUCUUGCUGUUUUAAUAAUGUAUUCUCCUCUAUUUGGGGUCACUUGCAUUGUAUUGCCUUAUUCUACCUGUUGUAUUGUGCUUUGACAUUUCACGUUGCUUUGCAGUAUGUGGGUAGUGAUGUCACUCCUGGCAGGGUAGAGAGAUUCUUGAGAGGGACAUCAACUGCCCUUUGCACGGUGACAUGAGGAAUGUUCUCUCUACGUACCAUUUUAUAUUUAGGUGCAGGAACUCAAUACUUUUGAGCUAAUUUGCUAGGAGAUGCAGGAACUCAAGCAGAAAAACAUUUGAGGUGCUGGUACUCGGUUCCAGUGAGCUCCUGCUCAAGUCAAGCACUGGCUUUACCCAUGUGUAUUGAUCUCUGUUGUCUACCCAUUCCAGCAGUUUACCAUCAAUUUGGCACUUAAUAAAAUAAACCAUGCACAUUCCGUAAGAUUUUCUGCUGUUUAAUG